UUCAGUCAGGGGGGUGCCCAUGUCGUUGAUCCUGGCGAGUACAGCAGGUGGGAUUCGGUUUGUUUGUUGCUUUGUACAAUUACGGGCAAAUCUGUUUCUAUCGGCAGUCUGAACAUAUCGUAGGCAAGAGCUUGCGCAUCCCUGCGCCGUACGGAGUACUCAUAUCCCAUCCCGGAUUUCUCGAUGCUAGUUUAAGCUGGGUGGUCUACCGAGGCCUUGUCGUAGGGAUUCAGGGUUUCUCACACCUUAAUACACUCUUUAUCGUUCUACGGAAGCCCGUCUCCCAAAUUCUAUUUCCUUUUAAUUUUUCUUUUAGGGGGAAAGUUGUUCAGAAUGAGACAAUAACGGUUGAAAGCAAUAUGUUCACUCGAUGUUCAAACCGGAAAGACUAAAAAGUCUGGUCAAGCCGCACCCUCGACGCAAAACUCUCACAUCACAGAUCGGAAUCGAAAAUGAAGUCAGGGAAUUUUUUGAGGUUUUUGAUGGCAGUGCCAUUCGUCUACGGCCAUGGACUUCAAAAAGAACCCAGAUUCUUGAGCGGUCAUGAAACGAUGUCAUCGGAGGACUUCGACCACUUAAUCCCACAGAUCCCAUCUUGCGCUGUAGGUGACACAGGAAGAAGGACAAUGAUCGUGUUCAAGAAGUUGACUGAUUUCGGCGAUUUUAGCUCAACUGUUUGACAUCGCUUAUCCACAACACAUCAUGUACUUUCGGCGACCUGCCAUGCAUGUGUGACGAUGAAGAGUAUUUUGACGCCGGGACAAUAUGCGUCAGGGCGCAUUGCAUGAUGUCGGAAGCCUUGAG